AUGGUUCGCCAACGCAGCCGGAGCGAUGUUGCCUCGCCCACGUCUCCCAAGAUUAGGCGGUUGAGCAAUGCGCUACGCAAGAUAUCGAGCAUCAGCUCGGCAAAGGACGAUGGUAGUAGGUCUAGCAGUACGAGACUUGGCGAUUUUGAGUUUGGCGGCGGGGAUCCGAUUGACCGGGGACCUGUUUCGUCCCAUGGGUCCAGCUCCGCCGGCGGGGGCUACGGCAGCGGCAGCGGCAGCGGCACCGUGAAUGAGUCGGACGUCCAACUUCGUCGGAUUCAACAGUUGACGCAACGCGUCGGCUCGACGCUCGCGAGCAAGGACGCCGAUGCCGCGUACAAGGAAUACGCCAAAGUCAAGGAUCAUGUAGCCUUGUGCCGGGCCCUGUUGCGCAAGUCCACACCCUCGCCCGGGCCGCUGGGGCAGGCGACCGGAGCGGCAACGGCGGCGUGGGCGGAGGGAGGUCGGGGACCGUCACGGGAGUCGUCGCUUGAGGUGCCGCAGAGCCCUGCGUCGAUAUUGACUCGGUCUUCGUUUAGCGGGAGGAGUCUCUCGGAAGUGACGACCGGCCAGAGCGCAGGUUCACGUCCGAUGCGUGAGAUUUGCCUGUCUGCCGUCCGCGACUGGAAGGGGUGCGUCGGGUCGCUGGUGGAAGCGCUUGAGCUCUCGCUGUCAGAGACAUAUCGAAGUUACGAGCCCGAUGCCACGCCGAGCAUGGUGAAGUCGCUCUUCCAGGAUAAAGUCUUCCGCGCCGCUGCGAUCCAGCAGAUGAGGAGGGCGAGCAUCAUCAAGACGUUCUCGCCCAGUCCGGACUUUUUUCCGCUCUACGACAUACGCUUCAGGAACCAUGAUCGGGCGAAGCAGGAUCUCGUCGAGGUGACGCGGGUUCUGCAACUGGGCGAAUCGGGCGUCACGGACGAGAGGCCGGUGAAGGAGCUCGCCGUCGCACCGCGCGGGGACGCCGUUCUCGAGUUUGCGAAUAUUGGCGCCGAAAACGGGGCGGAAGCGGAAGCGGAAGCGCUGCCCGUGCUACGAUACCGCGUCUCGUCGUUUUUGCUGGCCGAGACGUCGCCCGUCUUUGAGAGGAUGUUCACCGAGCACGCGCACAUUGAGGUCCACGACGACGAGGACCUGACGGACCAGCUCGCGCCGCCGCCGACGGCGUAUAUCUGCCCCGACGGCACCGAAGCGAAGCUCUACCGCAUGCCGCAGCGCGAAGGCGACCGCGAGCAGGCGCUCACGAUCCUCCUGCACGCGGCGCACAUGCACAACGAUAAAGUGCCGCGCGAGGUGACUUUCGAGCAGCUGGUCGCCAUCGCGGAGGUGUGCCUGCGGUACCGGUGCACGUCGCCGCUGGAGCUGUUUGUCGAGCACCGCUGGCUGCCGCAGUGGAUUCACCGGGGCAGCGAGGCGAUGCCGCGGGGUUGGUUGCUGAUUAGCUAUGCUUUUGGGUUCCGGCAGCUGUUCACGCGCGUGUCCAAGACGGUGAUUUUGAAUCUUGUGGACGAGGACGAGUUGGAGGGGAUGCACGUGGCGUGGCCGAGGAGGAUCAAGGAGAAGAUUUGGGGGGUGAGGGGGGCGAAGAUGGCGCAGGUUGAGGAGUGUUGCGUGAGUACGAUUCGGGAGUAUCUGAGGCCGCCUUGUCGUGCUGUUCCGCCACCGGGCUCGGAUUCGUCUUCCGUUGAGGUAGCGUCCACGCCCGCGACGAAUACGUCUGCCAACCCGGCCUUGAUGUUCACCAGCACGCCCAGGUGUCCCAAGGGAAGUCACAGCUGCGACGCGACGAAUCUGGGCUGGCUGAUGCUCGUUUACGGCGAGCUCGAGCUUCUGCCCACCAUCAUGAACUCGUCGGUCCUCGGACACCUGUCAGCUGGCUCCCAGCAGCAGCAAUACUCGCCACCUCGUCGAAGUCUGGCACAGCUCGUCGAUCUGUUGCGGACCAUUGCCAGUCCGCCGCUGGCGGUUCACAAGGGCGGGGUAUGCGAUCCCGCGCCGGCGUUUCGCGCGGCGAUUAAUGAUAUUUACAAUAGCGUGUCUGGGUUGACGUUGCAUGAUGUCAGUGGACGGGCUCACGGGUGGGGGCUAUCGCGGCACCGGUCUACGCAGCCGCAGGCUGUUUUACAUAGGGGGUUGAGGAGCUUUUCUGACGGGAAGAAGGUUGACCUGCAGCUUGAGCAGCAGGGAAUCCAGGAGCUGCUGGAACAGGAACGGGGGCAAAAGCAGGACCAGGAACAGGGCAAGGUCCUCGAGAGGUCUGACGCGGCACGGUUGUUGAUUUUGGAGAGGUGCGUGGAGAGUGUGGAGGACCUGCGCGCAGCGGCGAUGGUGGAUCGGAGAUUUUAUGAGACGUUUCGGGAGAACGAGGGGGUCUUGAUGGGGCGGUUCGUCGGGGACGCGAGGUUGAGGACGUUGAUGAAGUUGACUUCUAUGGAUGUCGUCGCGGCGGGGGAGAAUAAGGUGCCCAAGGGGGAUGCUGACGCUAUGAAGGCGGAGGCGGAGGCCGUUCAACAUAUUGUCUCUGACGAUGGUUCGGAUGGCCGGCUGGUUCGAACGCAGGACGAGACUGUUACGGAUGUAUUCUUGGCGGUUCCUUCGUCGCCUGGACCUGGGCGUGGGGGAGGCGGCGGCGGCGGCGACGUUUCUGCGUUUGAUGAGAGCUCAGAGGACGAGGGCGAGGUGUUGAGCGAGGAUGAGGCGAGGUGGAUAUUGUGGCCGCCUGAGGUGAUGGUCUCGCCUGCCCAGGAGACGUCGUCUUCUUCGCCAAGGCGGCUGCAGUUAGAGCCUUUAGAGCCCGGGUCCGGGUCUGAUAUAAUGACGGAGAAAGGGGUGAUGAGGGAAAAGUUCCGGACUAGUGACGCCGCGUUUGUGGAGGAGAAGAUGUUGUUGGAGGGAGAGGAUAAGCAUCUGAGGGACGAGCGGGAUAGGAGGAUUGGUCUUUUGCCAGGGGAUGGGUGA